CCUUUUUGGAAGGAACUGACGGGGUUUUCCCAAAAUUACAUAUUUAUAUAUGUGCGUCUAUUUGUACAUUUAUCUAAACGUACAUUCCUAACAUGUGUUAAACUUUGCGCGCAUUUUUUUAGUAGUGGGGAAAUACAGAAAGUAGUUCUGCAUUUAAGAAAAUGGUUUGGGGCAUUGCUUCGUCGUUGUUGCGUGUAUCACCUAAAAAUGUGUUAUUGUCUCCAUUUCGUGGUUUAAAAAGUCUCAUCGAUGUUCAUCCUGUAGUGCAGCGAACCCUUCAACAGGGUGAAGCUGUGGUGGCGUUAGAAUCCACUAUUAUAACACAUGGCAUGCCGUAUCCGCAGAAUAUAGAGACUGCGCAAGCGGUGGAACAGUUGGUAUUUGAAAAUGGUGCAUUAGCAGCAACAAUUGCAAUUAUCAACGGCCGGAUAAAGGUGGGUCUCACGCAUGAAGAAAUGAGAGAAUUGUCAUCCAAAUCUCAUAAUGAAGUUAUUAAAUGUUCAAGACGCGAUUUGCCUUAUUUGAUUGCUAAUAAAAAGAGCGGUGGCACUACUGUAGCGGCUACUAUGAUCAUUGCCCAUAUGAUGGGUAUAGAGAUAUUUGCUACAGGCGGGAUAGGUGGAGUGCAUCGUGAUGGGCAUAUUACUUUGGAUAUAUCAGCAGAUCUUUUAGAGUUAGGGCGGACACGAGUUGCAGUAGUGUCAAGUGGCAUUAAAUCUAUUUUAGAUAUACCCCGUACACUUGAAUAUUUAGAAACACAGGGAGUAUGCGUGGCGACGUAUGGAGUGAAAGACUGCAGCUUUCCGGAUUUUUAUACACGUGAUAGUGGAAGUAAGGCACCCUACAAUCUAAAUGGUCCAGAGGAUGCAGCUAAUUUAAUAAAAACCUUAAAGGAUUUAAAUCUUAAAUCAGGCGUUUUGAUUGGUGUCCCCAUACCAGAGCAGUUUGCAGCGAAUAAAAAUAUAAUUGAAGCGGCAAUCCAGGAAGCCAUUCGUGAGGCGAAAGUCCAAGGAAUAUGUGGAAAGCAAGUAACGCCAUAUUUGCUGGAAGCAAUAACUAAAAUUACAAAGGGUAGCAGCCUCGACGCAAAUAUGGCUUUGAUAAAAAACAACGCUACAACGGCUGCACAAAUAGCGCGAGCAUUGGCAAAAAAAUAUAAAAGUAAUGGGGUUGGAGAAAAUACUGCACCUAAGUCAACAUCCGUACCCCUUGUCAUCGGUGCGUCGGUUUUGGAUCUCUCAUUAACAAUGCUCGACGAAAUCCCAAAGGAGCUUGAUGGUGCUACAUAUCGAGCCAGACCAAUAGAAUCUGCCGGUGGCGUUGGUCGUAACAUUGCUGAGGGUAUCUUUAAGUUGUACGGCGCCGCCAACUUUAUUUCCAUCGUUGGCAACGAUCAACUUGGUCGCAGCUUGUUAAAAAUGAUUCCAGUAGAAUUGCGACGUUUAGUGAGAGUAGAUGAAGAGGCUGCCACUUCCCUUCUUACUUUGCUUUUUGACAAGAGUGGCGAUUGCAAAAUAAUGUUAGGCAACAUGGAAAUCCACGAAAAUAUUAUGCCAGAUAUGAUACUAAAACGAGAACAACAUUUUCGAACUGCUCCAAUUAUUGUGAUGGAUAGCAAUCUCUCACUGGAUUCAAUGGAAUGUGUGUUGCAACUUGCUAAGAAACAUCAGCGACCAGUGUUUUUUGAACCUACUGACAUGCGGAUUGCGCAUAAGCCAUUUUCUCUGCCCAGAUCGCUUACAAAACAAAUUAAAAUAAUUUCUCCAAAUAUUUACGAAUUGCGAACGAUCAUCGAAGCUAUCACUGGGAAGCCAGUAUCCUGUGCGGUUAACAAUUGUGAUUCUUCAAAUAUUAUGAUGGAAGAAUUGAAACAACUAUUGACAUUAGUACAAAAUUACUUCGACUGCAUUGUCUUGACACUGGGGCAACAAGGGGUAAUGCUUAGCUUAAAGGGUGAAACAGCAACAUUAGGUCGCCCCUUAUUUGAUGCUACCACGGGUUAUUACUUGCCAAUGUUAGAAAGUACCAAAAAUGCCUACUCGAUACGCUUUUAUAACGCACCCAGUGUGAAGAACAUUAAAAAUGUUUCAGGGGCCGGUGACAGUUUUACAAGUGGAUACAUAACAGCACUAUUACGAGGCUAUGACAUGAAAAGUUGUGUGGCGUUGGGUUUUCUGGCGGCAGAGCGGGCCUUACAAUCCCGUUCAGCGGUACCUAAUCAAUACUUUAAUGAUAGUGUAGAAGAAUCAACGAGAUUACAGAAUGUUUUAAAUAAUCUCAAAGAGAUCAACUUGUGAAUCUUUAUUGUCUAUACAGACGGUGGAAUACUCUGGCGUUACAAGGAUU